UUUCAAAAUGUUGAUCCUAAACUGUAGGCUGUACAACUUCGCCCGUGAGGGCAAGACUGCGACGAUGUGCGCAUGGACAAUCCACUUGGGUACACAACGGCCACAAUUAACACGCGUGCACGGGUGGGGAGGAAACUAUGGCAGACAAUUGAACAUUAAAAGAACACUAUAUUGUUAUCAGCCGCUCAGUACAUGUUACUUUAGAGGGUAUGAGACGGGCACUGGUCCACACACUGCUAGGCCCAGACAAAACAUCAGUGUCGACAGUACACCCACUACUUCUGAUCAUAGGGCUACUAAGUACUAUAACGUACCGCAGAAGGACAUCGUGUGCUCGGAACUGAGAAAUCACAAAAGAGAAAAGUAUAGCGAGAAGGCACUUACCCUGGCCAAGCAUACACGCACUGUCAGGGCCAACACAACAACUGUCGAUGGGAACAACCCUGUUCAUAUCGGUCGCAAACCACAUAGAGAUGAGAAUAGGAAGUCUGGUAAUAGGAAAGCAUAUCUAAAAUCGACAGUCUCAGUUAAAGAAUUGUUGCAGACAGCCAAGCACACUAAAGAUUACAGUGAAGCAGGCUGUGUAGUGGAUAUGCUCCUUGAUAGUGGUACGUUACAAACGAAAGAUGGGCUGAACGCAAUCAACAUAUACAAACAAAGCAGACAGCCGCAGAAGUGUUUGAGGACAUUAGAGUAUGUGCGUGACAAAGGAGGUAGAUUAACGGCAUUUCAUUACAAUCCUUGUAUUCAUGCGCUGAGUGCAAGCAGAAACUAUGCAAAAGCACACUUAUUAUUCGAGGCGAUGCAGAGGCACGGUAUUGCUCCUGAUGUGGUGACGUAUACUACUGUGGUUCAGAUGUUCCUAAAGGAAAAGAACAUGGCAAAGGCUAUGGAUUUGUUUCAAGAUAUGUCGGUCGCAGGAGUAGAACCGAAUUUGUGGACAUACUCGGUGCUAAUGUCUGAGCUCAGUAAGUCUGGUCAAUGGGAAGCUGCGAUGAGAUUGUAUGAGAAUUUAGAGAGCAAAGGUCUUGAGCACAACACCGUCACGUACAACUCCGCGUUAAAGGCCUGUGCAGAAGGGUUGCAAUGGGGUAGGGCGAUAUCUAUUUUCAAUCAAAUGGGCAUGAAAGGUAUCGAACGGAAUACCAUCACCUACAACACUACAAUUUCAGCGUGCGCGAAGGGUGGUCAGUGGGCCAAGGCUACAGAAUUGUUUGAAGAGAUGGAAAGGAAAGGAAUCGAACGUAACACCAUCACCUACAGUAGUACAAUCUCAGCGUGUGCGAACGGUGGUCAGUGGGCCAAGGCUGUAGAAUUGUUCGAUGAGAUGAAAAGGAAAGGAAUUGAACGAAAUACCAUCACCUACAGUAGUACAAUCUCAGCGUGCGCGAACGAUGGCGAGUGGGCCAAGGCUGCAGAAUUGUUUGAUGAGAUGAAAAAGCAAGGACUUGAACGUGACGCCAUAACCUACAGUAGUACAAUCUCAGCGUGUGCGAACGGUGGUCAGUGGGUCAAGGCUGUAGAAUUGUUUGAUGAGAUGAAAAAGAAAGGACUCGAACAGGAUAACAUUACUUACAGUAGUACGAUCUCAGCGUGUGGCAUGGACAGGCAAUGGAGACGAGCAUUAGAUCUGUUCAACGAAAUGAAAAUAAAAGGUAUUGACCGGGAUGUCAUUACAUACAAUGCGGCAAUAACCGCAUGUGAGAGGGGUGGACAGUGGCAGAAGGCUGUCGCACUUUUCGACGAGAUGGCUGACGUUAAGGUUGAACGGAACGAGGUCAGCUACAAUACCGUUGUCCAAGCACUUGGAGCACAUGGCAGAGGAUACGCUCGAGUUGAUUCAUUAUAUGAGGAGAUGAUUUUGAAAUUCGCAGCAUUUAAAAAGGAUUGGUCGGUAUUCAAUAGAACAAACAAACUAGACCUGCACGGUCACUCAGUGUAUUUAGCGCAAGUUGCUAUCCGUCGGCUACUCAGGAAGUUGCAAAAGAAAGGAGAUUCAAGGAGUGCUCAUAACGCGAAGCUGAAGAUCGUCAUCGUUGUGGGCAAAGGUAACAACAGCGUAGGAGAUACGGUGCUGCGGAAAGCAGUACAAGCACAACUGCAUACUCUGACACCUCCCAUAGUCUCUCACACGCUGUCAGACAAUACGGGAUGUCUAGGAUUGGUUCAAACGGACUUGGACAACUGGCUUGCGCAAAAUGCGAAAGUGAUACGGUAA